AAAAAAAGGAAGAUCCGAAAGAAAUUUGAGGGUGCAGUCUUUCCAACCGUGUGCAGAGGAAACGUUGUUGAAUUAUCAAAAAGCGGGGAAAGGGAGAUUCUGCGAAGCUGUUUCAAUUUUGGUCGUUUUGGUGCCCUGUCUCAGACAACCAUGUCUUCUUUAUACAGAGGGGAAUCUAGGAGGUACAACAAUAAACAAAGAGGACGCCAUAAUUUGACAACGCAGAAGAAGCAGGAAAUUAGGGAAGCCUUUGAGUUAUUUGAUACCGAUGGCUCAGGUACUAUUGAUGCCAAGGAGCUGAAUGUUGCCAUGAGGGCUCUUGGAUUUGAGAUGACUGAAGAGCAAAUUAAUCAAAUGAUAGCAGAUGUAGAUAAGGAUGGAAGUGGAGCGAUUGAUUAUGAUGAAUUUGAGUACAUGAUGACUGCCAAAAUAGGAGAAAGGGAUACUAAGGAGGAGCUCAUGAAAGCUUUCCAUAUUAUUGAUCAUGAUAAAAAUGGAAAGAUAUCUGCAUCAGACAUCAAGCGUAUUGCCAAAGAGCUGGGUCAAAAUUUCACUGACAGAGAGAUUCAAGAGAUGGUUGAUGAAGCAGAUCAAGAUAAGGAUCGAGAGGUUAGUCCAGAGGAAUUCAUCACGAUGAUGAACAGAACUCGCUUCCAUCACUAGUGAUAUCUAUGUGCGGGUAGUUGCUAUCUUUGUUUGGAUACUUGUAUGGGAAAAUUAAAAUUAGAAUGGCGAAGUUAUAUAUUGUACACUCUGUAUGAAUGAUUCCAAUACUGUGAUUAUUUGUAUUGCCUAUGAAUAACAUUGAUGUAUGUUCA